CAAUGUAAUCGUGGCUGCUCCGCGCGCACUGCUAUUGAUUCGUUUAUUUGUGCUAUUAUUCAGUUGUAAUAAAGCGUGUAUGGAUUUGGAAAGCGGCGCGUGCGAGCCCGGGUUCGUUGGAAUCAGGUUCUGUCAGGAGUGUAACAACAUGCUGUAUCCAAAAGAGGACAAAGAGAACCGCAUCCUCCUCUAUGCUUGCAGGAACUGCGAUUAUCAGCAGGAAGCCGAUAACAGCUGCAUCUACGUGAACAAAAUCACACACGAAGUUGAUGAGCUCACACAGAUAAUUGCUGAUGUGUCUCAGGAUCCAACACUGCCUCGUACCGAAGAUCAUCCAUGCCCUAAAUGUGGCCACAAGGAGGCAGUGUUCUUCCAGUCACACAGCAUGAAGGCUGAGGAUGCAAUGAGGCUGUACUACGUGUGUACGGCUCCACACUGUGGACACAGAUGGACAGAGUGAGGGAGAAGUGGAGAGAUUCAUCGCUAAGGCUAAUAGAUCACAGGGGCUUCCGUGUGAAGUGACUCUUCUUUAGCUAAACCACAUCAGUGUGUGUCUGUGUGUUCAGACGACUGAGAUGUGUGUGUGUGUGUGUGUGUGUGUGUGUGUGUGUGUGUGUGUGUGUGUGUGUGUGAUAAUGGAUGCUUACAGUGUUUUCUUAUUAAAAUAUUUUUUAAAAAUGUAAUGAUUUUUGAGUUUUUUGUAAAAUAAUUAUGCACUAAAGAGACACGAUAAGAUUAAAUAUUACAUUUUUAAAAACA